GACAUCUACCUCAUUCCACUUUCCCCAGUUGCUUCUAUAAAACCAUAUUCAUUUUCAUACACUCUUCCAUUUCAUUUUCAACCUUAAAAACAAAGAAAGAAAUAAAAUAAAAUAAAAAAUGAGUUCAAGGUCCGAAUCCGUUUGCGUUACCGGAGCUUCAGGUUUCAUAGGAUCAUGGCUUGUGAUGAGGCUAAUGGAGCGUGGCUACACGGUUCGAGCCACCGUACGCGACCCAGCAAACAUGAAGAAGGUGAAGCAUUUGGUGGAACUUCCAGGUGCAAAGACGAAACUGUCUCUGUGGAAAGCUGACCUUGGUGAAGAGGGAAGCUUUGACGAAGCCAUUAAAGGCUGCACAGGAGUUUUCCACGUUGCAACCCCCAUGGAUUUUGAAUCCAAGGACCCUGAGAACGAAGUGAUAAAGCCGACAAUAAAGGGGUUACUCGAUAUCAUGAAAGCAUGCGUGAAGGCCAAAAGUGUGCGAAGAAUUGUCUUCACAUCCUCAGCUGGAACUGUUGAUGUUGCUGAGCAACCAAAGCCUGUUUAUGAUGAGAACUGUUGGAGUGAUGUUGAGUUCUGUAGAAGGGUCAAAAUGACUGGUUGGAUGUAUUUUGUUUCAAAGACCCUGGCGGAGAAAGAAGCUUGGAAAUUCGCCAAAGAGCAUAACAUAGACUUUGUCUCCAUCAUUCCACCUCUUGUCGUUGGUCCCUUUCUUAUGCCAACAAUGCCACCAAGCCUAAUCACUGCUCUUUCACUCAUCACAGGAAAUGAAGGGCAUUACCAUAUCAUAAAACAAGGGCAGUUCGUGCACUUAGAUGACCUUUGUCUUGCUCAUAUAUUUUUGUUUGAGAAUCCAAAAGCAGAAGGGAGGUACAUAUGCUGUUCACAUGAGGCAACCAUUCAUGACAUUGCAAAACUGCUAAAUCAAAAAUACCCUCAGUAUAAUAUCCCCACAAAGUUCAAGGAUAUUCCAGAUGAAUUGGAAAUUAUUAGAUUUUCUUCUAAGAAGAUCACUGACAUGGGCUUCAAAUUUGAGUACAACUUAGAGGAUAUGUUCACAGGAGCUGUUGAGAGCUGCAGAGAAAAAGGGCUUCUUCCUGAACCUGCUCAAACCCCAGUUAAUGGCACCAUUCACAAAUAAUUAUGCUUUCAUCUCUGUGUUGUUCGGAAUAAAUAUGUAUUUUCAAGAUUCCAUCUUUUGUCAUAAUUUUAAUAAAGUUAUUUGCUGUUA